AAUUUGAUCCUUAAAUAUACUGAUGUCAAGUUGAAUAACAAAUUUAAUACUCUCAUGAUUUUGUUAGGAUAUUCAGGCGAAUUUUGUUCUCCAGAUAUCUUAGCAACGUAUCAUGCGUGGAAUCCGCGCUUGAGAAGUGCAUUAUAUUAUGUACAACAACCUGACAGAUCCAGAGGCAUCCUUAGGAGCGUUCUUUUUGCCAAGAAAUCUGUCUUACACAGAAUCAAGUUAUCUGGAUUGUUACAGUGUUAGUAGUAAUUUUGUAUACAACCAAAGAGUCGAUAAAGAACUUUAUUUCAACGCUGAGGUUGAAGCUGCAAAAAAUGUCUUAGAGUGCUGUAGUAAAAUAUUACGACUAUCGGUGAGCAUGGAUGCUGAGGAGGAUAUUGAUUUCGUUCCGAACGGCAGCGAAAAUGUCAAUGAACUCGUUGUGAACCAAAAAUCAGAUCUUGAUGACGAUGCUUUAUUUUUUGCGAAGGAUAUGGAUGAUCUGAAUUCUGUAGGAUCUUCUACGGGAAAAUCAAGUGUCAGUGAUGAUGCUAAUGAUGAAGUCCACAGUCCUAUAUUGAAUGACCUUGCAGGGACAUCUCAAGGAUGUGGGGGCUCAUUGGAGAAUGCUGUUGUGAAAGCUAUGCAAGUAAGAAUGCAUUCAGAUAGGCUUAAAAAAUGCUCGCCACCCCCUUUUGUCUUCACGGAAGUGUCAAUAGAUGCAACAUCGGACGACGAUGACGCAGAGGCGGAUGUCACUGAGAAUGAAACGGAAAACUCAUUAAAAAAAGACAAGUCAUUCGGUUCCCAGAAAUCACUGUAUGAAGAAAAUGAGUUUAAUAUUGACAGAGCAGAGCUUAGAAAAUCUUCGUCAUUGAAGGCUAAAAAGACUCCACCAGGCACCCCUAGUCGUAAGAAGAUGGUCCGUUUUGCGGAUGCUCUUGGUUUGGACCUAGAAGAUGUUCGGCACGUGUUGAAUGCUGAAAACCCACCAAAAAUACCAGCAUCAGCAAUGGCCGAUUUAAAGGUUGGUAUUGAAACUGAGAGGAAAGAUUUUGGAAAGAGGUUUCUACAUGCUUGUUUCCAGCAACCUGGGGCUUCAGAAAACUUUUUACAAAAAGUUCUGGCGCAGAAAGUUUGCUUAGAAAACGCAAUCGUCACGGACCUGACGAUUACAGGUGUAGUGAGAGUAGCCAAUAUAGGAUUUCACAAGGUUGUACGGGUAAGAUAUACAUGUAAUGCCUGGGGAUCAUAUCAUGACAUCAUGGCGUCUUACGUUCAGAAUUCUUGUGACGGUCCCACAGACAGAUUUUCAUUCAGCAUAUGCGCACCUGCCGAUUUGGGUGUAAGUUCCAAACUUGAAUUUGCUCUCUCUUACACUGUCGGGGACAUAGUAUACUGGGAUAAUAAUGAAGGAAACAAUUAUGUUUUUGAAUGUUUUGCAAAAACUACACCAACUGAAUCUAGAGAUUCCUGGUUACAUUUCCUGUAGUGGCAUUUAAUGCUGUUGUCUAGAUAAUAUUGUUAAAUAUCGAGAGGAUUCCUGAUGACUAUUAAAACUUUUUUCUGAAUUCGACGAUUUUUUUCUUUAAAAGAAAAAAGACGGCAUACCAAACAAGAGUUUUUACAUUUAUACAUUUUUUUCACAUUAUUAAGUACUAGUUUAUUAAUAACUGCAGUUUGAAAUUCCGUAGACCCCCUAUGAUGCUAUGAUACAAUGAUAGUGUAUCGACAUAUUUUCAUAUUCGAAGUCGCGCGUUAUUGUAGUUUUGGGAAUCCUUUCAUGAGAGUUUCUGAUAGUCUAUUGUGCUUAAUAUUUAAAAUCAUAAAUUUUUUUCCCAUUCCCGGUGUGUUUUAAAAACAUACAUAAUAAUUGCAUGGUGCAUUAUUUAUGUGUUGUAUCAUAUACAUUAUCUAUUAUUUAUGUAUAAAGAAAAAUAUAUAUCUGUUCAUAUUAAAUGUAUAUUUAUUUAGACCGCCGCAUGACCUCCAGGUUUAGAUAUAGUGUCAUUAAGGGUAACGACACUAGGUUGAAUCUCCUGUAGUUUAAAGAACGGGCAUUAAGCAUUAUCAGGUAGAUGACGAAAUAUCAUUGAAGCGUGCCAUUGACCCUGUUCUUUGGGAAAAUACCCCCACUUCCUCAUCACUGUGCAGUAUGUGCCAGCUGUCAUAUCAGAUGUGCUCUAAGUAGCAUCAUUUCUUCUGUUAAUCGGUUGCCUUGUGGCAGCAGCUUUUCACCUGAAGCUCCAAUAUCAUACGUAUAUUUUAUGGUUGCAGUGAGAAAUACAUAGUGGACAAUAUAUCUAAGUGGUGGACUGGUGGUCGAUACUGUAGUAUAAUAUUUGAGAGGAAAGUCACGUAUACCCGUGUCAUUUAUUGCUGAUAUGGGGAUAAGUUUCGUGUAAAUGCAUUUAAAUCCCUUUAUUUGGCAGUCAUACAUAAAAACUGGCUUUGAAUCAUUUUGAUUUAUACCUGCAAUCUCUCACUCAAAAACAUGCCAAUUUCAGAGGUAACUCUAUUGUCAAGGUUAAAUGUUGUAAACCGUAAACAAAAUUUUUGUAGACAUCUCUGUCCUGAUAUUGGGGCAAACACUGCAAGUCGUAACUGUUAUAAUAAAUGCAAAAACAAAGAGACAAUCCGAAGAAAGGUUCUUGGCACCUAAAAUCAAAGCAUAGCAUAAUGGCAUCACGGUGUCAAACUUUAUGCAACAAACUGAUAAAUACAUUUCCCUUUGUCUGAGUACAUAGGACAAUAAUUGAUAUAGUAUAACAAUUUAAAUCUUUAUAUAUGUGCAGCUGUUAUGUGUUUAUGCAAUAAUUUUGUUGUUUUGAUGCUAGAAGCUGAAUAUAAUGUUUAGAAGUAUAAUUCCAUCGCUUUUUAAUUUGUUGUCGUAAUGCUAUAGGCUGAGUUAUUUUUAGAAUUAUCCUUGCCUUUAUAAAUCCAAGUUUUAUUUAUUUUUUUCUGAAAUAAUCCUUUCAGCAUAAUUGUACAUUGUUUGAUUGGAGGAACUGUCGAUGAGGAGUAGCACCUCUUGCGGUUUCUAUUUUUCCGGAUUUACAAGGGGAUGAUAUCUAAUAUCUUGUUAUUUAAGUCUUGUUUUUUGAAUUAUGUAUUAAAAGUUAGAUACAUAUUCUGCUUUUUGUUAAUGGUUAAAUGAUUAUUGCAAGCGUUAUCUCGCCAUUAGUAUGGAUUGAGAUAACCAAAGUUGUUCUGUUUUAAUAAACCGUGAUAUUGUACAUUCAUUACCAUUUGUUGCGUUUAAUCAUGCUGAAAUGCAUUUUAAAAAUGAUCUCUUUGUC